UGUCUACUUGCGUUUAUUUACAACUGUAACAGUAUGUAUUAUGCAGGUUUUGUAUUAUGCUGUGUUGUAUAGGAUACUAAUACUCUAAAUAACUUUAACUCUUUAGUCGUAUCGGUGCAUAGGGCGUCAUAUGAGUGGAUAUAAUAACAGGAAUAGUAAAUGACAUCAACUAGUUCUAUACUUAAGUAAGUAGAAUGGAGAAUAUUGAUAAACCAGUCGGCAGGGUAUUUGAAGACAUAUGUACUAUGGCGGCCAAAGAAAUUGGUAUCGUUAAUUUAGGUCGGGGAUUCCCUGAUUUCAGUCCACCUCAGCAUGUAUUAGAUGCUUUGGUACAGGUCACCCAGAGUGGUAAUCCUCUACUUCAUCAGUACACCAGAAGUUUUGGUCAUGUUCGACUGGUACAAGCAUUGUGUAAGCUAUACUCUCCAUACUUUAAUCGGAAUUUGGAUCCGUAUCAAAAUAUCCUGAUUCCUGUAGGUGCUUAUGGCGCUUUGGUUUGUGCCAUCGACAGCACUGUUCAAAAAGGAGAUGAAGUAAUUGUCUUUGAACCAUUUUUUGACUCCUAUAAAAAAAUGAUAACUGUUAUUGGUGCAACCCCAGUCUUCAUACCAUUGACACCACAAACAACCGAAUCCUCACCAACUUCUCACAGCGAUGAUUGGACUUUUGAUGAAAAGUUUCUUUUGUCUAAAAUACGCCCGAAUACAAAGGCUAUAUUACUUAACUCUCCGAGUAAUCCGUUGGGAAAGGUUUUCAACCAAAGAGAGUUGGAAAUAAUUCGGGAUAUCUGCAUCGAGUUCGACCUUAUUUGUAUAUCCGACGAAGUUUAUGAAUGGAUGGUUUUUGAUUCUAAGAAGCACAUCAAAAUGGCAACCAUGGAGGGAAUGUGGGAGAGAACUUUAACGAUAGGAAGCGCGGGGAAAACUUUCAGUGCCACAGGGUGGAAAUUAGGCUGGGUAAUUGGACCAGAACCUUUGAUUAAAAAGUGUCAAGUUAUCUUUCAAAAAUGUUACUAUCGAUGCCCUACUCCGAUACAAGAAGCAGUUGCCAUAGCAAUUGAAACAGAAAUGACGCGAUUAGAAUCGGAAGAUUGCUAUCUAAAAAGUCUGGCGAGGGAUUUAGAAAAGAAACGAGACUAUCUUGCAUCUUUGUUAACGGAAAUUGGACUAAAGCCGAUUCUUCCAGGAGGGGGCUAUUUUAUGGUUGCUGAUAUCUUCGAUUUUCACAAACAAAUAAAGGAUAACGAACUGGAGAAACACAGCUCCAAGGACGAAGCCGACGAUGUUCGUUUUGUAAAGUGGGCCAUAAAAGAGAAAAAAAUUGGUGCUAUUCCAGUUUCUGUAUUUUAUUCUGAUGAAAACAAAAGUAGACAACACUUAAUACGUUUAUGUUUCGCAAAGAAACUUAGCACUUUAGAAGACGCUGGGACUAUUCUUAAACAGUGGUAAACUCUGUUGCAUAAAUAUAGCCUACCAUUUUAAAGCACGGUACAGUAAUCUUCUUUGAGCGGCAUUGAGCGGUACAGUAAUAAAGAGAAUU